CGGCAAGUUUCAGACUACCAGCUAGCAGUGACUAUAUCUUGUAAUAACUCUAUUUAUUUUUAAGAGAAAUGUUCUCUUCAUUUUAUAUGCAGCUCCAUAUUCAUUUUAUCUCUGUUCAUCACCAACUUCCAUUAGUGCAUUUACACUCACUUAAACCAUCAAAACCACCAUGUGCGGCCCAGAAUAUACAAACCGACCUCGCGGAGGAGCUCUCGCCGCUCUCAACCCUCCCAUCAACUCCAUUUCAUCCAACAUCUGUGGUGAUCUCGCUUUCCACACUCCUGGUAGUCCUUCGAGUUCAAGAGCUACGCAUGCAAGACUCACGCCAGGCGAAGAGUGCAGCAUGAAGGGCUUCUCUGACUUAUACGUUGUUAUUCAUUCUAGUGGUGACUUGACGAGAAACGCAAGCGAGUGUGGCCUAUUUCGCCAAUUCUCUCUUGGAGCGCCUUCAAAAGCUCACGAAUAUGUCGAGCUAUCACUCCGAGGACCGCUAUCACUUGAGGUUGGCGGUGAUGGAAUCAUUGGAAGACGUGUUUCUGUGUAUUCACGCCUCGCCUCUGGAGAUAAGAUCGUUGCUGAAGGCAUCGUGGGCUUCAAUUUCAUGAGCCAAGCAGCACCGGAGGAGACAUCUUGUCCAUCAUCGCCGUCGCCAUCGCUGUAGUGAGGAGCCUCUAUGGCUUGUGGCUGAGGUCCGGGGCCAUCAAGGUUGACUUACGCCCUGGGCGCGAACCAGAAACAGGGUGGAAUAGUUCAAAUUGUCAUCAUCAUUCUGGCGUCGUUUUAUCAGGGUUCUCUUUUCUAAUUUGGAGUGGGCAUCAGGUUGUUAUUUCUGCGAAUGAGGAGCUGGCCCAGUCUCGAGCAAUUUGGGUUUGAGCAUGAAAUCAAGACAAGGCGUUGGCGACACGGCGUUACCAUUUUUUAAUUCAGAACAUAUAAGAGCAUUUGUCCAC